CUCUCGACGACUAACCAGUUGGAAAUUUGUUGUCAAUCUCGAACUUCGAAGACUCAUACAAACUUGAGAAAGGUUCAGUCACAGCCUUAAAAAAUGGAUUUUCCAUCUGUUGAGAGGGCAGUGAAAGUGUACAGGGAGUGUGCUAGUGCACCCUCUCUCUCUUCUGCUUCCCUACAAAAGACUGGAGACAGUGUGUUUAGUGUACACUCAACGUGGAGCCAGAGAGAUCUAGAAAGAGAAUGUAACAUCAAGUAUAGACAGACCCAUAUUGUGACUCUUGACAGCAAUGGACAAAUAGGAGAUGUCAUAGAUCCAGGAACCAACACUGAACUAAAUUCAGAACAGCUGGUGCGAUGGUCACCUUCCGGAAAGCUCAAAGCUGUGCUGAGGAAAAUUAAGGAUAAGAAAGGCGAUGAGAAACAAUAUUUGGAGGUCUGGAACAACAUUGCAAAGAUUCAUAAUAUCAAUCUGACUGCCCUUGACAAACAUGGCAAAGUGUAUGAAGAUGGUGAAUUUGGAUGCUUGGAGUGGUCUAGUUGUGAAUCUCAACUUCUGUAUGUGGCAGAAAAGAAGCAACCCAAAGCUGUCUCUUAUUUUGAUAAAUCUAAAGAAGGUGGCUCUGAAGAGAAUCCUGAAACAGAUGCUAAAAAGAAAGAUCCAGAAGUUAAGGGAGACCAGUUUGUCCAUCGUCAAGAUUGGGGUGAGCUAUUGGUUGGGAAGCAUUCUCCAGUGCCAUGCAUCUUAAACCUUCAGACUGGUCAGGUGACUAUACCAGAGGGUCUGCCCAAUGAUGUCUCUGUCGGUCAAGCGAUCUGGACUCCCGAUGAUAGCGGGAUAGUGUUCACUGGAUGGGAGAAUGAGCCGUAUAGGCUAGGAUUAAUCUACUGUAGGAACAGAAGGAGUGCCAUCUAUCAUCUGGAUCUGUCAAGUCAAACCUGCAACACCAUCAGCAUCACAGGUCAAUCUGUGAGGUCACCUGUCUUUAGUCCUGAUGCUUCUAAACUGAUCUAUAUCCAGAAUUCCUGCCAUGGCCCUCACAUGCAAUGUGCUCAACUCAUUGUGUAUCACUGGGAGAGCAAGGAGACAAAGGUUACAGUUGAUAUAGUUCAAAGACCUACAGAAGGGAGGCCCUUCCCUGGUUUAUACGUUGGCCGUUUUGAGCAACAGUGUUGGCUGGACAAUGAGACUAUCCUUGUCAGCACUGCUUGGAGAAGUAGUCAGACAAUUAUUGCAAUCAAUAUCUGCACAGGAGAAGUGACAAGACUUACUAAUGGCCCAGAUUUUGGUAGUUGGAUGUUUUGUGACAUCAAACAAAGACUUAUUCUUGCAUGCAGAUCAUCACCAACCCGUUCAGCUCAACUGGUUGUAGGUGUAAUACCUCAGGAAGGAGAUAUAUCAUGUAUCAACUGGAAACCUUUACAUGAAUCUAGUGUGAUCCUGUCAGAUGUAAUCUGGUCUGUUAUUACACUCAAACCAAAAACUGAGCAAGGUAGUGAUAUUGAUUUUGAAACUAUCAUCUUGAAGCCAAAGGCAAACUCGGGCAGUCAAGAGAAGAAGCUUCCUCUCAUUGUGUGGGCUCAUGGGGGCCCUCAUUCCGUAUUCAGUACAGGCUACCUCCUUCUUCCUGGAUUAUUCUGUCAACUUGGAUUUGUUAUCGCCUGUGUCAAUUACCGAGGUUCAAUAGGGUUUGGGCAAGCCUCCAUCGAUUCACUCCCUGGCUUUGUUGGAACCCAUGAUGUGAAAGAUGUUCAGGCAGCAGCAGAAGCAGUGAUAGAACAAGGUCUUGUAGAUCGAGAAAGGGUAGCUGUGUCUGGUGGCUCACAUGGUGGUUUCUUGUCUACACACAUGAUUGGACAGUAUCCAGAUUUUUACAAGGCAUGUAUUACAAGGAAUCCAGUCACUAAUCUUGCAGAUAAACUUUUCUGUGGAGAUAUACCAGACUUGACAAUGACAGAGGCUGGUAUGGAUUUUGAUUUCAAGAUAGCGCCAUCAGCCGAGAUGUAUGCUAAGAUGUUCAACUGUUCUCCUAUGGCUCAUAUUGACAAGGUGAGAGCUCCAACCCUUUUAAUGCUUGGAUCAGAUGACCUUCGCGUUCCACCCCAGCAGGGCAUACGCUACCAUGAGAUGCUCAAGGCACGUGGGGUCAAAACAAGAUUGCUGAUGUAUCCAGAUAACAGUCAUCCGAUCAACAAAGUUGAUGCCGAGGCAGAUUGUUUCAUGAACAUGUAUACAUGGAUCACAGAACAUCUCUAAACUUGAAGCAUUGCUCCUGUAUA